AUGGCAGAGCUGCCCUGACUCCCCCGCUGCACCGCGCCGCCUCCGCCACUGCCGCCGCCCGCUCCGGCCCGGAAUGAUCUGAACCCUCCGGCGGAGACGCACCCGAGUCCAGCGCUAUCGCCCAUCGCAGACCUCAGUGCCGGGAUGGAUGUGUUUAUGAAGGGCUUGUCCAAGGCGAAGGAAGGGGUCGUUGCUGCAGCAGAGAAGACUAAGGAAGGGGUGGCGGUGGCAGCGGAGAAGACCAAGGAAGGCGUGCUGUAUGUGGGAAACAGAACUCGGGAAGGCGUGCAAAGUGUGGCCUCAGCUGCCGAGAAGACAAAAGAGCAGGCAUCCCAGCUGGGUGGAGCCGUCUUCUCAGGUGCUGGCAAUAUUGCAGCUGCCACAGGCCUGGUCAAGAAGGAAGACUUCCCCACUGACCUGAAGCCGGAGGAGGUUGGUCAGGAAGCUGUGGAGGAGCCACUGAUAGAGCCACUGUUGGAACCUGAGGGUGAGAAUUAUGAAGAGCCACCACAGGAAGAAUAUCAGGAAUACGAGCCAGAAGCAUAAUGGCCAUCCCUGCUCCCGACACUUCCACCAGCAGCACAAUAACAAUAAUGACCCUCCCCUUCCCAGCCCUCCUCCGCCUCUCCAAAGGAAAGCUUUGAGGCAGAUGGUGACGGAGAGAAGCCCCCCACAACCCAUCCUGCCAUGAGUUCUUCCUCCAGUUCUGCUCCAAGGGACCUCAUCGGGAUCUGUGUUUUAUGUAUCGUGGUCUUUAGCGUUAAGAGAAAAACAAAGAAUUCUGAAGACAAACCCUGACCGCAGCGGUUUGUGUAUGUGCGCUCGCAUUUGUGAGCCCGGCCUUACUGCCCUGUCUCCCUCCCAGCACAGUAAGGCCAGGCUUCCUGUGUCUGUAAGAAGCAUGUUGUAUCUUCUCCGUUUUUAAGCAGAACAUUCCAUCAUCUUGGCUGGGACCCCGUGCUGGGCCUGCUGUACAUUUGCUUGCACGUGAAUCAUGCCGACUCCGCUCCAUUACCAUUGGUGGAACUUUUUUUUAUAUCUCUGAAUGGAUUGUUUACACCUUUGUGAUCUUUCCGUUUCCUGACCCCCCUGGUCUUGUAAAAGAGACUCCCUAAUUUGACGGUGCAGAAGUCGUGUCUGUGUAUCCCAAACAAAAGGAAUACCUUCCCUUUCCUGGCCCCCCCCCCAGCGCUCUGUGUUGUGACUGUGGCAUGGAUCUAUACCUCCCACUGUCGCUGUGUGUGCAAUCCUGGGGCAGCUGCCAGUGACACAGCUGCCCCUGUGUCCAUGAAUAAAGCCAACUCUUGUCUGUA